GAGAUAUAGAAUGGGGUCUAAAAGGGGGCCAAAUAUUUAUGCUUCAGUCGAGACCCGUAACUAAUUUAGACAAUUCUUACACCGAUUACGAGAUUAUGCAUGAAUUGGAUUCAUCGCAUCCGACAGAGACAGAGAUCUAUUCGCGCGCCCAUUGGGGUGAAAUAUUUCCCGGCUCCUCCUCAUGGAUUUGUUUGCAAUGGUUUUGGGCCAAUAAAAGCUAUUUCUUUCGUCAGGGACUCAAAAUUGGUGGCAAAGUUAUAGACGAUUACAAUCCAUUCUUUGAAAACAUGGGCAUUCAGUACAAUCAAGUGAUGUUCAAUUUGAGCAGUGGUUAUUAUAAUUUUUUUGCGGGUUACCCGGAGGCAAAACACGCACAGUCUAUGGUAUUAUCAAUGUUUGGCCAUCAGAUCGACGACAAGGAUGUCCUCCAGUUAUUCCGGGCGCAGGGAUUGGAGGCCCCGAAGCCAUCGCUUACGGGAAUAUUCCCGAUGUUAUCGUUUAUAAUAAAUUCAUUACUUUUUGGGCCGAAAAACUUGAUUAAAACAAAAGAGGAGAUCAUUGAUAAAAAUCCAUACGAUUUGCUGGACAUUUUGAAACAGUACUCCAAUAGUAAAGAUAUAUUUAAUAAGAUAUUAGACAAUCAGUACUUUAUAUCAGACACGGCGUUGAAAAAUCACGGCCCGAUCUCUGUCUAUACGGCAGUUAAUGACGCGAUUUUGAAGGCUAUUCUGGAGAGCGCUUCCAAUAAUAGCAAUAAUAUUGAAUCGGAUUAUAAUUUAAUGAUCUCUUCGGCGACGGAUGUAAUCAGUGCUGAAGUGCCAAAGAUUUUAUGUGAAAUCGCAAAAUCUAUUAAAGACAAGCAAUGGUUCCGACAAUUGAGUGAUGAGGAAGCGCUUCGAGUGUUGACCACUGGAACCAAUGAGUCCUCACAAAAGUUUAGAUACUUUAUUGAAAGACACGGACACAGAGGGUAUCGGGAAUUGGAUCCCAUGUAUAAGCCAUGGAAAAGCAAUCCAAUGCCUUGUAUUAAAACUAUUAAAACAAUAUUAUCGGGAAACGAAUCACAAUUUGAGGCAAAGAUUGAAAAAUCUGUUGAAGAAGUGGUGAAUGGAUUAAAGACACCAUUGACUCCAUUCAAGAAACUACUGAUAAAACACGUAUUACUUCCGUGGACUCGAAGAGGGAUUGGAUACCGAGAGCUAUCAAAAUAUAUAAUGGUUUGGAUGAACAACAAAUGUAAUGAAGGUUUUUGGCAUUUGGCUCAACAAAUGACUAAAGAAGGACUCAUACCAUCGGUGGACACAUUUUUCUACUUGACUGUCACUGAAGUGGAAGCGCUAUGUAAUGGACAAAGAGAUCCAUUGAUAUUCUCGAGAGUAAGACAACGGCGAAGACUUUAUCCAAAAAUGGAUAAAUACAAGUUUGAAGAGUUUAUUAAAGGACCCGAAAUGAAACCCAGAAAUUUUGAAGACAGGAUUAUACCUCCAGUCCUGACCUCAGGCGGGCGAUAUUCUGAUCACGUACUCGACGGACAUCGGUUGGAGUCCAUACUUCCCAUUACUUUCGGGUAUAAUCACAGAAAUCGGUGGAACGAUAUCUCACGGGGCAGUCAUUGCCCGCGAAUACGGGAUCCUGAAUACGGGAUCCCGAGUCUGAUAGCAGUGGAGGGCGCGUGUCGUGCCUUCAGGACCGGCGAUAUCUGUCUAUUGGACACUAAGACACAGACCAUCACUAAAAUAGAUCAACAGAAGACAAACCGAGUGUUAACUCAUGACGUCUGGAAAAAUAACACUUCCGAUGCCGGGAUUAUCCCCUUCCCUCACGAAUGGAAAUAUGAAUUACCACAACAGACUAAAAAUGAAGACGUGUUGAUAUAUGGCGUGAAUUCAUCGAAACAAAGCAUUUAUAUUGCAAUCAAAUGGAGACCAAAAGGAGUGAACGAUAAGAUCAAUGCAACCAUUAGUUUGAGAUUUGAUGACAACAACAGUAAUAGCUAUACAUUAGAGGAGGACUCGGAG